CCGGCACAGCGUCUCCGCCUCCGCCGGCGGGGACCCCAAGCUACCGCGACUGCGGGACCCACAGCCCGCUGGACACUGAGCCACGAUGUUCCCGAGGGAGACCAAGUGGAAUAUCUCGUUCGCUGGCUGCGGCUUCCUCGGCGUCUACCACAUUGGCGUGGCCUCCUGCCUCCGAGAGCACGCGCCCUUCCUGGUGGCCAACGCCACGCACAUCUACGGCGCCUCGGCAGGGGCGCUCACCGCCACGGCGCUGGUCACUGGGGCCUGCCUGGGUGAAGCAGGUGCCAACAUUAUUGAGGUGUCCAAGGAGGCCCGGAAGCGAUUUCUGGGCCCUUUGCACCCUUCCUUCAACCUGGUGAAGACCAUCCGUGGCUGUCUACUGAAGACCCUGCCUGCUGAUUGCCAUGAACGUGCCAGUGGACGCCUGGGCAUCUCCCUGACUCGGGUUUCAGAUGGAGAGAAUGUCAUCAUAUCCCACUUUAGCUCCAAAGAUGAGCUUAUCCAGGCCAAUGUCUGCAGCACUUUUAUCCCUGUAUACUGUGGCCUCAUCCCUCCUACCCUCCAAGGAGUGCGCUAUGUGGAUGGCGGCAUUUCGGACAACUUGCCACUCUAUGAGCUGAAGAACACCAUUACAGUGUCCCCGUUCUCAGGAGAGAGUGACAUCUGCCCACAGGACAGCUCGACCAAUAUCCAUGAGCUUCGCGUCACCAACACCAGCAUCCAGUUCAACCUGCGCAAUCUCUACCGCCUCUCAAAGGCUCUCUUCCCACCCGAGCCCAUGGUCCUCCGGGAGAUGUGCAAGCAGGGCUACAGAGACGGACUUCGAUUCCUUAGGAGGAAUGGCCUGUUGAACCAGCCCAACCCCUUGCUGGCGCUGCCCCCAGUUGUCCCCCAGGAAAAGGAUGCAGAGGAAGCUGCUGUGUCUGAGGAGAGAACUAGGGAGGAGGACAAAUUGCAGCACCAUGGACAGGAUCGAAUUCUAGAGCACCUGCCUGCCAGACUCAAUGAGGCCCUUCUGGAGGCCUGUGUGGAGCCUAAGGACCUGAUGACCACCCUCUCCAACAUGCUGCCAGUGCGCCUGGCCACUGCCAUGAUGGUGCCCUAUACUCUGCCACUGGAGAGUGCAGUGUCCUUCACCAUCCGCUUGUUGGAGUGGCUGCCCGAUGUUCCUGAGGAUAUCCGGUGGAUGAAAGAGCAGACAGGCAGCAUCUGCCAGUACCUGGUGAUGAGGGCCAAGAGGAAACUGGGUGACCACCUACCUUCCAGGCUGUCUGAGCAGGUGGAGCUGCGUCGAGCCCAGUCUCUGCCCUCUGUGCCACUGUCUUGCGCCACCUACAGCGAGGUAUUGCCCAACUGGGUACGAAACAACCUCUCACUGGGGGACGCGCUGGCCAAGUGGGAGGAAUGCCAGCGUCAGCUGCUGCUGGGUCUCUUCUGCACCAAUGUGGCCUUCCCUCCGGAUGCCUUGCGAAUGCGCACACCGGCCAGCCCUGCCUCCACAGACCCAGCCACCCCACAGCAUCCACCUGGCCUCCCACCUUGCUGAGAACCAUCAUUCCCAGUUUCCUCUGCUACCAGCCAAGCUCCGAGUCGCCCUGCCCCACUUUGAGGAGCUCUGGGGUAGACCAAGCCCCUGUCCCUUAGCUCUCUCCCUUACAUGUUGUGGAAUGAGGACAUAGGACCCUGCACAGCUGCAAAAGGGGGGGUUGAUGUAAAACAUUUUACCAGCCACUCACCGUGCUGCUCCCGGCGGGGAGGGCUGAGGUGCAUCCUCUCUGGGAGCCCACAGAGCCCUUCCCUCUCCCCUGCCCACCACCUUCUCAGUGCAGGGUCAGUCUUGAGAACUCCACAGCUGCUGCUGCUGCUCCCCGUUCUUCAAGUUUCCUUGCAGAGUGUGUCAAGAAUUAUUUAUUUUUGCCAAAGUAGAUAUAAUAAAAACCACAGCUCAGCUUC